AUGGAUGGUGGUGUACAAAACCACAUGAUAGAUCCUAGCAACUGGCUCAGGCCCUCAUUAUUGGCUUUGUUUCCACUGCAGAACCAACUAUUUCCACCAUCCCUGCUGUCUGUCAAGAUUCUGAAAGCCAGUAUCAUCACCACUUAUACACCAUAUUCCACAUCUGAUUGUUAUGUGACUUUGCAUCUGCCAACAGCAUCACGGGAGAUAUUCAAAACCCAGACUGUCAGGAAUUCUUACUACCCAGUCUGGAAUGAAACAUUUUAUUUCAGGAUCCAAACCAAAAUCAAGAAUAUCAUACAGUUGGAAGUUUGCAAAAUUGACCCAGACACCAAUUGUGAUAUCCAAUUAAUUGUUCUUUUUGAUUUGUCAAAACUCCAGUCCGGAAGUCCAGUCCUUGAGAAAUUCUCCUUAAAACCAAAGACACAAGAACAACCUGAUCGUUAUGAUUUUCUAGAAGUGGAAUUCAAGCUGUCAGAUAUGCCAGGUCCUCCCGAGCAACUAAUUUCCAAUGGUGUCCUAGUGGCCUGUGGACUUUCCAUUUUGGAUGUAAAAGUGAGCAAAGAGGAUAACGAGAAAGUAUUGAAAGCCAAAAAAAAUUUGGUCUUUUCAGUCGAGCAAUCUUAUGAAGGAACACAGAAGACAAGCAAAAAUUUAGAUUCCUUCCGCUUUCACUGCAUAAAAAGCUUUGGGCCAGUACUAAAAGUUAAAAUUCAGAACAUUUUACCUAACAAGGACAGUGAAUCUGAUUAUUCGUUAAUUCUGCCUUUGAAACUACUUCCAGUUGGCCAUCAGGUCAAACUUGAACUAUCAACGGGGAAGGGUGAUACCUUGGAGCUGUAUCUCCAGGUAAUUGACGGGUCACAGAAUCUUGACGUGCGCUUGGGUUAUGAACUUUGCCCUGAUGAGCAGGAUUUUCUGCGCAAGAGGAAAAAAGUGGUUGCAGAUGCUCUGUAUAAGCUUUUUAAUCUAGGAGAGGAGUUACAAGAGGAUGAGGUCCCUGUGAUUGCUCUUUUGGCAACUGGAGGUGGUCUCAGAGCUAUGAUAUCCUUGUAUGCUCAUCUCUCAGCCUUCCAGAAACUGAACCUUUUGGAUUGCAUUACAUAUAUCACUAGUGCUUCUGGAUCAACAUGGACACUUACACAUUUGAAUCGUCAUAUGGACUGGUCACAUCAAACUUUUGAAGACCACAUCCAUAAUAUAAAAAGACAGUUGCUGAAGAACAGAAACGACAUUAUUUCUAAUGAAAGGUUGGAGCAGUAUCACAAGGAGCUAUCCAAGAGGAUUGAAGCUGGUCAUCUUGCAUCUUUUACAGCACUCUGGGCCCUUGUUCAGGAAGCUUUUUUCUACGAUGGAAUAAAUCCCACUAAGCUCUCUGACCAGCAACAGGCUUUGAAUCAGGGGCAGAACCCGUUUCCUAUUUACACAGCCAUAAAUGUGAAAGAAGAAAAUAUCAAAACUUUUGACUUUAGAGGUAUCUGGACUAACAUUUUCAGUCCAAAUCUCCUGGAUUGUUUGUAUUGGACCACAUCAACAGAAGAAUUCUGGAAACGAUGGGUGAAAGACAUGUCAGCAAAGCAUGAGAAUUAUUCUUCAAGUGGUUAUUCUGCCACAGUCUACAAGCCCCCAAGCUAUCCCUGUGGAAAACUUUGUGAAAUCUUCAAUGACAUUUUAACUGAUCGUCCUUUAAGAGGGGAAAAUUAUAACUUCCUACAAGGCUUUAAUUUUCAUAAAGAUUAUCUGCAUCAGAAAGAAUUCAUGACAUGGAGUGAUACUGAAUUUGACACUUCUUCUAACAAGUUGACACCAAACACAAAGUCCCUCUGUUUAAUAGAUGUUGGAUUUUUUAUGAACAACAGUGGUAUAUCACUUCUCAAGCCAGAAAGGAAUGUGGAUAUAAUUAUUUUUCUGGAUUAUGAGAUGAGUGGAAUCUUAAAACAACUGGAGAUGACAGCUGAAUACUGUGAAAUCCAAGGCAUUCCCUUUCCAAAGGUUCAUGUGAGUGAGAAAGACCGAAAGAAUAUGAAGGAGUGCUAUGUUUUCUCAGAUGAAGAUAACCCCAAAGCACCAAUAGUGCUUUGUUUUCCUCUGAUCUGUAGCACCUUCAAAGAAUACUCAGCACCAGGGGUCAAACGCACUCCUUCAGAAAUGCAGGAUGGUAACGUCAAUCUAAAAAAAGACAUCUCACCGUACCAAACCCUUGAAAUAACCUACACUGAAGAAAACCUUGACAAACUAAUAAAUUUAUGCAGUUACAAUAUUCUUAAUAGCAAAGACUUCAUCUUCCAAGCCAUUCAAAGUGCUAUGCAGAAAAAGCGACAGGAUGGGUCCAGGAAUGAUAAACAAUGA